CAUUCAUGAAUUAAUUAAUUAAUUCAUUCAUUCAUCCAUUCAUUCAUUCAUUUAUUCAUACAUACUACUUUUAUUGCGUUAUUGUGAUGCAUACCAUUUAUCAGCAUAGCUGAAGGGCUACCCUCCUUAAACAUUUGAAAUGAAAUGAAAUACCGCAUUUCCUCUAAUGAACGCCGCCCUCGGAUAAACGCCCCCCUCUAUUGAACGCCGCAUCUUAAAAAGCGGAAUGCAUUUUGAAACACCCGAAACAAGAAGCAACGAAUUGUUUACACGCUUACUAUUCGAAAGCUAUGAAGUUAUGUCAUAGAGACGAUGGCUCUGAAGGACUUUGGCAUUCCUUGACAUUUCUAUAACGCUAACACAUCUUUUGUGAACUUUGAAAAAAAAUUCGCACAAUCUUUAUUACGUGUUUUUGGAAAAGAAAACAUUGUUUAAAGUUUGUAAAUAACUUUUUUCAUCGCACUUUCCUUGUCAUUUUUCAUUGAUCGAACUUUUCAUUUUGUAUUGAACGCCGCCAUCUGCAAAACGUCGCCCUCUAUUAAACGCCGCAUCCAAAAUUUGGAUUUUGUAAUGAAUGCCGCGGCGUUCUUUAGAGGAAAUACGGUACUACUAUUAUGUUUAGAUUCUGGACUAAAGGGAACUUUGGAUUGAAAUCCUACGUCUUAGUUGAAACGAAAGAAUGAUGAUGUCUAGAUUAUUACCGAGAAUUAGGUAUAUUUUGUCUUCCAAAAGCGCUGAUUGUUUUUCCUCCAAAAUGCGAAUACACAUGUUAACUUAAAGCAUCUCAAUGUGUGAAUGUUUUCUAUAUCACAAAUCCUUUGAAAGUAACAAGGUUUUUGAAUUACCCAAUAUCUUACCAACCAUUUAUUUCCCUACGCUGCCUGAACGUGAGCCUUGCUAGUAUGUCUGACUUUUGGCCUUUAAAUAUGUGCAAAAUUCUUGCGAGGAAACUUUUACUGCUCUUUCUGAGCAAUUCAUUACGAAUUAAUGAACUAUUUAUCCACCAUUAGUUAGGGUGUUUUUCCCACUGAUCAAUCAGUGCAAAGUGGCCUGGUGACUAGAUCUUAAUUAACUUUGAGGAUCACUGUGAAGGCGCAUAAACAUAUCAGAUCUCUAGUGGUGUGGUUACCUUUUCUGAGUUUGUAAAAUGGCGCCGAUAUUAUGUACAAAUUCGACAUUCUUAAUUUGUGUGCAGUUGAAUUAGCUGAUUUACAAAGUAACUGACUGUAAGCAGCUGCAAGAGAAAUCAAGAACCAAAGACUUGUCAUAUCGACUCGGCGCACAUCGAACAAUCUGGGACAGUCUUCCUGCGAUGCUUAGCAUGUUAUUACUUCUUCUUUGGGACAAUGGGACUCAACAAGUUCACAUGGUUGCAGGCAUCAUAUUGCUGUCAACAGCUGAAUGCAUUGGAUAUGGCACAGCCUCAAGCACAGUCCAGUGAGUGUGCUGCAGCAGUUGACAUACCCUCUAAGAUAUCAGCUCCGAUUGCAGAGAAUUGGUGCUACACAAACGUCAAAGUUGUUAAGUUUUCCUACAUAUGGACAAUAAACAACUUUAGUUUCUGCAAGGAAGAAAUGGGCGAAACACUUAAAAGCUCAAUUUUCUCUGCUGGUGUUAAUGACAAAAUGAGAUGGUGCUUGCGGAUGAAUCCCAAAGGUCUAGAUGAAGAAAGCAAAGACUACUUAUCACUGUAUUUAUUGCUAUUAUCCUGUAAUAAAAGUGAGGUCAGGGCAAAGUUCAAAUUUUCCAUCUUGAAUGCGAAAAGGGAAGAGACAAAGGCCAUGGAGAGCCAAAGAGCCUAUAGAUUUGUUCAAGGUAAAGAUUGGGGAUUCAAAAAGUUUAUACGAAGAGAUUUUUUAUUAGAAGAAUCAAAUGGUUUACUGCCAGAAGAUAGAUUAACUAUAUUUUGUGAAGUAAGUGUUGUCGCAGAUUCGGUCAACGUUUCCGGACAGUCUGGAAUGGGGAAUUUUAAAGUACCGGAGGACAAUUUAUGCACUGACCUAGGGAAACUAUUAGAAGAAGGACUUUUUAGCGAUAUCACCUUGAUUGUCGGCGACCAACGCUUCCCUGUACAUAAAGCACUACUGGCAUCACGGUCUCCAGUUUUUGCUGGAAUGUUUAGGCAUAUAGAAAUGGAAGAAAACAAACAGGGCAUUGUUCAGAUCAAAGAUUUAGAGCCGGAUGUUUUAAAAGAAAUGCUGAAAUACAUUUAUACCGGUAAAGCUUCGCAGUUAGAAACUAUGGCCAGUGAUUUACUCUCUGCAGCUGACAAGUAUGCGCUGGACAGACUGAAGAUGAUGUGCGAGGAAAACCUAGCUUACAAUUUAUCAGUUGACACUGUUUGCAAUGUGCUUAUUCUCGCCGAUUUACACAACGCACAAAAUCUCAAAUCUAUAGCAAUCGAUUUUACAAAUAGCCACGCAACAGAGGUUAUGGAAACAGAGGACUGGAAACGACUUGUAGUCAGUCAUUCGAACAUUGUAGCGGACGCUUUUCGUGCCCUAGCUAGUCUUAAGGCCUCGCCGCCUAUUUGGGGACCUCCUAAAAAGAAGCAAAAGCCAGGUUAAUUUAUUUUGAUUUUUAAGUACAUUUAUAGUAAUUGGAUUCCGAAUUGUGCUUUGUUAAAGCAUUCAAUCUCCCGUCUGAUGAUUAUAACUCUUAGUAAAGCGCUCUUCAGUAUGCUGUUUGAUGGGAUAAACACACGUGGAAUAAAGUUCCUUGGGCUUUUAAAGAUGAUUUUACAAAUUAAGAUUGCCUCGAUAGUAAUAACCAGCAAAAUUACUUGAUGCAUUUCAAAUGACACGCGUGUAAUAGUUUUCAGGCCCAAAGAUGGUUUUCUUACGAAAAAAAUUAAUUUAUCGUCUGUUUGUGUCGCCACCAUUUCUAUGUUUUUAUGUUUGGAUAUGUAUUAUAUAAAUAUACUCAAAAUGACAAAUAGGCUUGUUUCACAUAAGCGCCAGUCUUACAAGCAAUGUGAGACUCACACAAAUCAUUCUUGUAACUUGCAUCGAAUAUUCCCAAUACUUUUUAUCAUUUUCUCAUCAACCAUAAUUUUGGCUAGUUAAUUUUUCGAUACAUAAAGUUUGUUUUGACAUUUUGAAAUUUAUAAAUUUGUUUCCGAUAAAGGUCAAUGUCCAAAGGUUUUCACCGUUCGUUGAAAAUUAAUCGCUCCACACCCACUUGUGUUUUUAUACAACUAUCCCAACGGUGACUGAAUUUGUUUGUGCUUGAAACAAUACAGGUUUUUCAACGCCCUGCUGUACGUCAGAUUUUUUUAUCAGAUACUCAUCAUAUAUUAAAAAAGCAAGAUGUUAUAUUCAGCAAUAGAAUAUUCAUUAAAAUUGAUAUUUGAUAAAGCCUGACUGUGUAACCUUUAUGCAAAUCCGUUUGUUUUUACCUAGCUGACGGAAUCGUUUUCUAUGCUACAUUCCUAAGAUUUUAACUCGAAGUAAUUCUUUAAACCAGUCCGAAAGCGUCCACAGUCCAAAUUUUUUAGUUACGCCUAAAAGUUACAUGGAAGGAGCGCUUGCACUGGUCAAGCCAUAUUUCUUCUAAUCCCCAUUGCACUUUACACUCCCCAUCUUCCUCCAUCCUUAACAUGUACCACACUUAAACAGCUCUUGUAAGAACUAUGGUAUUUAAGUAAAAACACGCUGAAUUUAUUGUUUCUUCUUUCAUGAGUUAAGAACAACUCUACCCUGUGUACAUAAAAUGUCGUGCCAGUUGUUAACGAGAUGAAAAUAGAUUUUUAUUUUAGCUAUUUCAAAAUCAAUUACACGAUAGUUGUUAA